AUAGCAUAAAUAAUACCUUCAAAAGGAUAAAGCUCAAAGUUCAAUGCCAAGCGAGAUAUUGUCUUCGACAGAAUUAGCUUUUCAAGGACUACAGAGAACAGCUGGAAUCGGACUACAGCCCUCUACUUCCCGGGCAUCCGACGGCAGCAGCUCCAGAGAUGAUUUCUCAUCUCAGAUCCAGCGCAGGAACGAUCAUAUACGAAAGCUGGAGGCCAAACUCUCAGACUACGCUGAGCAGCUUCGGCUAAUGCAGAAGACCAAGGAGAAGCUUGAGAUUGCAUUAGACAAGUAUUAACGAACGUUGACGAACAUUAAGGGAGACUGGCGGGAAGUAGAAUGGAAAGGUGAGGGAGAUGA